UGCAGAAGAAAAAACUGAAGAUGAAGUAGCGUCAGAGCCUCAUGGUAUGGUGAUUGAUGUUAAAGAAGUUAAGAUGACUAAUUCAAGUGGACAAAAGAAAUUUGAAAUUGAAGAAAUUGGGAAUAAAGCUUCUUCACAAUUAAGACAACCAGAGGGUAUACAGGUUGAGGAAAUGCAACUGCAAGCAUCAAGUACUCUAAAACCUCAAGGAGUGGUGUUCGAUGUUGAAGCAGUUAAGAUCCUUAAAUCUAGUGAGAUGGAACCAGAAGCAAGUGAGCAACAUGGAUUAUUUCUCAUGCAGGGUGAUUUAGGAUUAACUAAGCCGCCAAAGGAUGAGGAUUGGAAGAAUGCCAAAGAGAUUUACUUGAUGGACAAUGAGUUGUCCGAUUUACCUGAGAAUCCAAGGUGCCCCAAUCUGUCAGCUCUGUUCCUUCCAAGAAACUACAAAUUAAGAAUGAUUCCUCAGCCAUUUUUUAAUUUCAUGCCAGCCCUUCAAAUCCUGAACUUAUCCAGGACUGGUAUCAAGUCUCUGCCUGAUUCUCUUAUCAGAUUGGUAAGCCUCAAAAGAUUGUUUCUAAAUAAUUGUCACCGUCUCAUGAUUUUGUCGCCAAAAGUUGGAGAUCUCAAGCAACUUGAGGUUCUUGAUCUUGAAGGGGCAAAUAUUAUGGAUUUACCUAAGGAGAUUAAGAAUUUAACUAAUCUGACAUGCUUGGAAGUUUCAUGUUAUGGAUUUACGAGUAAUGGUAGGAGAACCAUGCAAUCAAAUGCUGUGGUUCCUUGUGGGGUAAUUUCUGCAUUGUCUCAGUUAGAGGAGCUGAAUAUUGAUGUAAAUCCAGAUGACGAGCGGUGGGAUGCAUGUGUGGAAGAUAUUGUUAAUGAAGUAUGUACCUUAAAGAGGUUGGAAACUCUUAAAUUCUUUUUUCCAAGGGUGGAACUUUUGAGUCACUCCCUGUGGAAUAGCCUAUUACUUCCUAAUUUCAGAUUUACUGUUGGUCACCAUGUCAAGCGCAUUAUGUCUCGAGUCCCUCCUGAUGCUGAUUUUGAGCUGGAACGAUGGGAGAGAUGCUUGAAAUACAUAAAAGGUGUGGGUGUCCAUAGGGAUAUUAAGAAAUUACUCUAACAUGUGACUGCAUUUUUCUUGGACAGGCAUGCGACUAUUAAGAAGCUAUCUGAUUUUGGGACUAGAAAUAUGAAGCAACUAAAAUGCUGUAUCGUGGGGGAAUGUAAUGAGCUUCAAGUGAUUAUAGAUGCAGCAGAUGCUUAUGGGGAAGAUGGUAUAAGUGAAAUAGUAUCUGAAUCGUAUGGUGCUGAAAGAAUUGUUCUUGGAUCACUUGAACAUUAUAUGAAGAGUUUAAGGAGCAUAUGGGAGGGGCCAGUACAGCAAAAUUCUUUAUUUCUUCGUAAGUCCUUGACAUUGUGCACAUGUCCCCAAUUGACCACUACUUUCACGCAAGGGUUGCUUGAUAACCUA